AUGUCUGCGAUCAUAGUGUCCGGGAAGAGAUCAGCGCUGUUCCAAGAGCUUCCUCCAAAGAGGAUCCGUUGUUCUUCUUCCUCCCCGGUUCGCCUCUCUCCCUCUUCCCUCCUCCACCACCUCGCCGCCUUCUUCCCUGACAUGGAUAACCACCUCCUUGAGAAAGCCCUUGAAGAUUGCGGCAACGAUAUCGACUCCGCCAUCAGAAGCUUAAACCAGCUCCGCUUAGGAGCACCGCCACCUCCUUCUCUUCAUUCCACUCCCACUGCAUCUGAUGCUACUCUUCAAUCGCAAGUUGUAGUAGGUGAAGCGAAAUGUGAUGCAGAAGUUUCAGCUAAUGAGGAUUCGGUCGCUGGACAAAAUUAUCCUACAAAUGGUGCUGAAUGGGUGGAGCUUUUUGUUAAAGAAAUGAUGAAUGCUUCAAACGUGGAUGAUGCCAAGGCUCGAGCAUCAAGAAUGCUAGAGGCGUUGGAGAAGUCCAUUUGCGUGAGAGCAAGUGUUGAAACAGAGCGAAACUUCCACCAGGAAAAUACGAUGCUGAAGGAACAAGUGGAGGCUCUUGUUCAAGAAAAUGUGAUUCUGAAGCGUGCUAUCUGUAUUCAGCACGAACGCCAGAAAGAAUACGAAGACAGAAAUGUAGAGUUGCAGCAAUUGAAGCAAUUAGUGUCACAGUACGAGGAACAGGUAAGAGCUUUGGAGAUAAACAAUUAUGCAUUGACAAUGCACCUAAAGCAGGCAGAACAAAGCAGUUCCAUCCCUGGGCGUUUUCAUCCAGAUGUUUUCUAG